AUUUAGCGUUUAGAUAACAAGUAUCCAACUGUCCUUUCGUUUUAUCCGUGGAAGUACUACACCAAAAUAAAAGACAGAUUUACUUUUAAAACAAUAAAAUAACGAGAGUCUAAUAUGGCGUCGAGAUCUCCAUCAUCUUCCCCCGAUUCUGCCACAGGUUCAGGCACCGAUCCGGCUCGGCCUGACACAGGAGAGCCGCUGGGUGGGGGUUCAGAUUCCGAUUCGGAUAUUGGAUUAGGAAAAUUUGACUGUGGGGCAGUGGACUCGGCACAUCGUUUGGAGGGUCCCGAGUUGGAGAAUGAGUUCGAGGCGGCGGCAGACAGACUACGAGAUCUAGUCCAAACAGCCAGCAGAGAGCAGUUAUUGUACCUGUAUGCCAGGUACAAACAGGUAAAAGUUGGAAAGUGCAACACAGCAAAACCUGGUUUCUUCGAUUUUGAGGGCCAAAGAAAAUGGCAAGCGUGGAAACAGCUCGGCGAUAUGACUGCAGAGCAGGCCAUGUUGGAAUACAUUUCAUGUGUACAUGCACUGGACCCAGACAGCAGCCAAAAGCAGUCAGACAGACGAGGAGGUGAACGAAGAACAGGAUUUGGAGGUCCAGCGGUCAGCUCUCUUUAUCAGGAGGAGAUGAUCAGAGAAGAGGAUAAAAACAUAUUUGACUACUGCAGAGAGAACAACAUCGAACACGUAAGCAAGGCCAUCAGCUCAAAGAAAGUGGACGUUAACACAAAGGAUGAAGAGGGUCGGGCUUUGCUUCACUGGGCCUGCGAUCGAGGGCACAAAGAACUGGUGUCUCUUCUCCUGCAGAACAAUGCUGACAUCAACGGCCAAGACGAUGAAGGACAGACAGCACUACACUACGCUUCGGCAUGCGAGUUUGCUGAAAUCGUGGAGCUUCUCCUGCAGGCCGGGGCGGACCCAUUCAUUAAAGAUCAGGAGGGGUCUCUACCAGAGGAGGUGACAGAAUCCAGUGAUAUCUCCUCUCUCCUCCGCCAGUACACAGCACCCAAAGGCUAAACCUGGCACCCUACCCUUCUGUCGUAGUUCUUAAGCUCCCGCUCUGUUCCUGUUCACAGAUCAAAAACACACACACACACAUACACACACAUAGACACACAUACUUUAGCCCUUGCAGUGAGACCUUUCAGACAACACAAAUCCCACCCCUCUGUUAUUUAAAAUGGUA